GUUGCGGGUGGGGGGGUGAACAUUCCCCCAUUUCUGAAAAAGGAAACCGAUCCCCCUCAGACACGGCUGGGAAAGCAGCAAAAUGCUGGAGCCUGAACCCCCUGGGCUGAGACUGCAGUGAAACACAAAUGGGAGGUGCUGGGAUUCCUGUCCCUGUUCCCUGCACUGAGCUUUGCCUCCCACAUCAGCCUGUGCCUAGUAGGUGGGUAGGAAAUGAGAAGACCCUGCCCUCCUCCAUCUGCUGGGAGGACAAGGAGCUCUCCUCUUCUCUCUGUUCCCUGCAGCCUUCUGGCCACUGUGAGCAGGGUGGGGAUGGGAUUCUGCUCCUCUGGCCCUCCCAGAGCUGUCCUGGUGUUGUGCUUCUUCCCCCAUGAAUAGUGGGGCUGUGGCUGGGGCACCAGGCUCUGAGUGGGGGGCACCUGUUGUUUCAGAUGCCAGUGAGCUUCGAGGAGGUGGCUGUGUAUUUCACCGCGGGGCAGGGGGCUCUGCUGGACCCCGCUCAGAGAGCCCUCUACAGGGACGUCAUGCAGGAGAACUAUGAGACUGUGACCUCGCUGGGACUCCCCAUUCCCAAACCUGCCCUGAUCGCCUGGCUGGAAGCAGGGGAAGAGCCGUGGGUCCCGGAUCUCCAGGACUCCGAGGAAAGGAAGAUCCCAAGAGGCACCCGCAGAGCAGGUGAUGAGACAAUGAAUGAGAACGAGGAGGGGAAUCCACAGCAGGAAGGUCCUGACCAAGUGGAACUGCAGGGGAGGUUUUUGAGAAGAGCUCAAGGGAAUUUUUCCCAGUACUGGGAACAGAGAAAAGCCUGGAAUCAUCGGCACAGGUCGGAGAGAAAGUUGGAAAACCGCCAAAGGAAGAAAGUGAAUGAAGUAAUUGAAUGUGGGGGAGGAGGCAAGGAUCCCCAGGAAACCACAGACCAGCAGACAAAUCCCAAGGAAAAGAAACCAUAUAAAUGCUUGGAGUGUGGGAAGAGCUUCAGUCGGCGCUCAGAUCUUAUUAAACAUGGUAGAAUCCAUUCCGGAGAGAGACCCUAUAAAUGCUUGGACUGUGGGAAAAGCUUCAAUCAGAGUUCAAAUCUUACUACCCAUCGGAGAGUGCACAUAGGAGAGAGGCCCUAUAAAUGUUUCGAGUGUGGGAAAAGUUUCGGUGUACUAUCAACUCUUAUUAUACAUCAGAGAACUCACACAGGAGAGAAACCUUAUGAAUGUUUGGACUGUGGGAAAAGCUUCUAUCGGAGCUCAAAUCUUACUGCCCAUCAGAGAGUGCAUACAGGAGAGGGACCACAUAAAUGUCUUGAGUGUGGGAAAAGCUUCAGUGCACCAUCAGUCCUCCUUAUACACCAGAGAACCCACACGGGAGAGAAACCUUAUAAAUGCUUGGAGUGUGGGAAAAGCUUCAGUCAGAGCUCAGGCCUUAUUAACCAUAGCAGAAUCCACAUGGGAGAGAGACCCUAUACAUGCUUGGACUGUGGGAAAUGCUUUUAUGGGAGCUCAAAUCUUACUGCCCAUCAGAGAGUGCACAUAGGAGAGGGACCAUAUAAAUGUCUUGAGUGUGGGAAAAGCUUCAGUGCACCAUCAGUCCUCCUUAUACACCAGAGAACCCACACGGGAGAGAAACCUUAUAAAUGCUUGGAGUGUGGGAAAAGCUUCAGUCAGAGCUCAGGCCUUAUUAGCCAUGAAAGAAUCCAUACAGGGGAGAGACCGUAUAAAUGCUUGGACUGUGGGAAAAGCUUCAGUCACCGCUCAGGCCUUAGUAACCAUGGGAGAAUCCACACAGGAGAGAGACCAUAUAAAUGCUUGGACUGUGGGAAAAGCUUCAGUCGCCGCUCAGACCUUAGUAACCAUGGGAGAAUCCACACAGGAGAGAAACCCUAUAAAUGUUUGAUCUGUGGGAAAAGCUUCAAUCGGAGCUCAAAUCUUCAUACCCAUUGGAGAGUGCACACAGGAGAGAGUGGGAAAAGUUUCAGUGAGAGCUCAAAGCAUCAGGAGAGCAAUCAUAGCCAGGGCUCUGGCCUUCCCCACCCUCCAAGCCAGCCGAGACUGACCCAUUUCAGGUGCCUGACCCCUUCCCUGCCCUACCCGUUGCUCCUCCUCCCUGUAUUUGUCUAGCUUCCCAGGCAGAGUCACCUGGUCGCAUCCCCCUUCUGGAUCUCAUGGCUACAGCAUACGUGCAGGUAGCCUCACCUGCCCAAUAGGCACCAACUUCCCCUCUGGCCUCUGGGUGCCCCACCACCACCCCACCCCUUCCCCCAAGGCCCCAACCCUGCCCCGCCUCUCCCUGCUCCUGCUCCGCCCUGCAUCCAUUCUACCCUUUCCCCCAAGUCCCUGCCCCCCUGCAAGUUCUGGCCAAGGAGGGGUGGGGAGAGAAGAGGAACUGUCCCUGGCCCCGGGGCUCCACAGACAGUGGCAUUGCCCUGGGCCUCCCCUUUCCUCCACCUACGCCUCUCAUUGAACUGUCCCUUUGUCCUGCCCAGCUGUUAGUGGGGAGCCUGCCUCAUUCCAUUUCACAUUCUUAGGGCAGGGCUUUGGAGAGGAUACGUGUGUCAUAAAGGAGAACUACAGACCCAUCACAGUGGACGUGUGUAACUCUCCUGGUAACCUCUGUUCCCUCUAAGCUGCCUGGCCGCGCAGCAGGCUAUCAAGGACUGUGCAGAUGGGGAGAGACACCUCUCCCCCAGCCCCUGGCUACUGUGAUGAGAGAGGCCUGGGGAGAGUCCUCACACCCUGCCACAGCCUGCCCCCCCAAACCCCUCAUCCCAGGCCCCAUUCCAGAGCCUGCACCGCCAGCCAGAUCCUCAGCCCCCCAUGCCCCAACUCUCUGCCCCGGCCCUGAG